GUAUAUAUUCCACAAGAGCAUUCUGAAAAAAACCAAGGGAAUUUUAAAAACAUGGCCGUGUUGAACCACAGGGUGUUAAUACCACUGGCUUGUUAACGAGUGUAUAUACUAUAGAUUGCAUUAAGAAGUAUAAUCUAUUUUUUCCCCUGCGUAUUGUUCCAGUUAGUGUAUUAAUCAGUCCUAUUGACUAAGCCGAUCGUUCGUCUGCGUAGCGUCCUUGGUUACCAGUGCUGGGUUUUAACCGUGCGUUCUGGACUUCUGUGAAGUGACUCGGGGGUAUUUUUAAGUUUGUUACAACUUACUUGGGAUAACUGUUUCUAGUCCACUCAAAGGAAUAAUGGCUAUGGUGCACGGACAAGGAAAAAUGUUUGAUAUGAGUCAGUCUGAAGUGUUUCGGCCAGCCAAUGGCGACCUCUUCGCCCGCCCGGGGCCUGUGGAUGAGGGGUAUAUGGCGUCUUUGGACACCUUCCGUAAGAGGCCCUCUACCCAAGGCUCUACCGGGGGAUACAGAUUCGGUCAACUCAGCCAGAACUCAUUCUUUACACGACACAACCCCCACCCCAGCCGCGUUCGUCACAUUAAAGGACUUCUAGAUGUACCAAUCUGCGCAGUCAACGAUGACGGCUACUUCGCCAGCCCCAAAUAUUCCCUCCAGUUCCCGCCCAACGCCUUCAACAACAAGCAAAUGAACAAAUGGAAGGGCCAGGUCCCAGUCAACGCUAUCAACGUCAACUCCCGGCUCCACCCGAUAAACACCGUCACCGGCCUACAGUACUUCACCGGACUCAACAGCUAUCCGUUCCGGGAAAAGGCGGUUCCACGGGUGGGCAUGGUUCCAGUUACGGAGCAAUGGAGGGACGAACUCCAGCAGUUGACAAAAGCCAUAGGCUUUGGUACUGACGAGCUGGCGCCACAGAAACCCCAAGCCCCAGGUGUUCCAGAAAGACCUAAAACUCAGUAUUCUGAGACAACCGGACGAAUCAUACCCCCACCUUCCCGGGCCAUGUCACGUGGUAAGACUGGUUCUAGACAGGGUCGGGACAAAUACUUCGGAACUCUGCAACAUAUAGCACCAGAACCAGACAUGGAGACUAUGGUAUUGCAGAUGUUGUGUCAGAUUCUACAGACAGAGGACAUUAAUGCCGUCCAAGCCUGGCUAUGCUCAGCUGGAGAGAGAGAGAAGACAGUGGUAAUGGAUUUAAUCAGGUCAGCAGUGGGCUCCCAGAGUGACUACUAUCAGAGGGAGGUUAGGCCCGAGUACGUGGAGGAAGGACAAGUCACCAAGCUCCCUCCCAUCAACGAGACGGGUCAGAUCGUGGGAGGGGGAGAGAAGGCAGACAGACUUACGUUCAAAGACCCACUAGCCGCUCUUGAUCCAGAGAGCGCAGACAUGAAAAUGUUCAGCACUAUGCAAGGGCUAGUGUUGAGUGACCCAGGGGUCCCAGGGGAACCAAAUGUAACAGAGAUGAAGCAAGCAGAACAAAAAGUACCCACUCCACCACCCAAAAUGGUGGAUGACGGAUACCAAGUUAAGCCACCCGUCUCCGACGCAUUUAGAAAACAGCCAAGUCGACCCUCUACCCAGGCUGGUAGAGCCGGAAAUGGAGUAAAACCUUGCGCCGGCGCAGAGGGUCAGAAGAAAACGGAAGCUACUCUUAGAUUUACGAAAUCUGCAGAAGGAAAGCGUGAACCACUAACACAAGUGAACACCAAACAAGAAAACAUGAACACAUUUUGAGGAUAGAGUGCUACUUGGCUGUAGAACUUUAAAGUCUUUCGAAAAUAUAAACAUGGUUAAAGAUUUGUUUCAAGAAUUGGACAAAAACAUUGCCAAUGCCUAAGACCGUCUGUACCGUUGGCAUUGUUGUUUUGUUACGUUUCUCUUUGUUAUCAAAUGUUCAUAUUCUUUUUUUUUCUAAACGUUGCGUCGGAGGAGUUUGCAAUGGAAAUUGAACAGUAUUACCUUAAGUUAUCUGAUUUUCUGACUAUAUCUGAUGUCCCUUUGUUUUGAUUCUUCGUAGAAGUAUAAUUUCAAUCUUCGAAUAAUGAAAAAACUUUGUAAUGAAUUGAAGAAUAUUACUUUUUUUAUUUGCUUGUUUUCUUUUUAUAGAAUGCUAAUUUAAUUUCUUUGUUGAUAUUGCUGAAUGGGUCGAAAUGUCUGUGUAUCAUAUUUUAGUUUCAUGCUGUAUACCUAUUUCUCGCUAUAUCAUAAUAUUCCAAUAGGAUUAAUUUUAUAGGAAAAUCCUCAAAUGAGUUUUGGUAUCUGUGAAAACACAAAAAUCAAAUUCACGGUGUUAUUUGCAUUUAUUUGAGGAUUUUUAUGGCUUUCAGCACUGGAGUGAAUUUUUUUCGAGAGUAAUUAAUGUCUGUGAUAUAUUGUCAAGUGGUUUUGAUAUUUUAUUUGAAUUGUACAGAUGUAAAUAGAAUGUACAUAGAUUAAUUCUUCGCGGUACAUAUGCGCAUCUAUUUUCCAAUGCUCACUCAUUAUAUCUUAUUAUAUAAUAAACCCUGUAUUUGCUCAAAUGUUCAUAUUUAUUUCUGAAUUAAACGUGCUGUGAUCAACA